UGUUUUGAUUCAAUUAAGUUUUUUUUAUAAUAAAAAAAAAACCUAAAAAUGAGCUUACCUUCUGAAAAAUAUCAAAGAUUAAUGAAAACAGCACGUCUUUGUGCUGCAGCUUGUGGUGCUGAUGUUGCAGAUCCUAAUUACCAUGUUAAUUUUAUAACAGUUUGCGUAAUGUUCUGUAUAACAGUUUAUUUUAUAUUUUCCGCUUAUACAGUGCAAUUGAAAUUUUCGGAAAAUUGGGGAGUGCUUUUAGAAUCAUUUUGUAUGGUUGGUAGUGUUAUUCAGGGAAUCUCUAAACUUUUUACUGGAAUUGGCUAUACAAAAACCUUAGCAUUUACAAACAACGAACUACAAACCAUUUAUAAGCAAUAUGAAAUAAAAAAUAAAUAUUGCAUAAGAGUUUUAAAUAAAUGUGUCUCGAAAGUCUCAUUGUUAUUAAGGACCAUCUCAAUAUCUCACGUAUUUAUUUUCAUUUGGCUUUUCUUUGCCCCAUUGUUUAUGUACUUAAUAACUGGUCGUCGUUACAUGUUGAUGCAAUUUUAUUUGCCCGGAUUGGAUGUUGAAACCGAUUUUGGAUAUUUUACAACACUUGGCAUGCAAGGUGCUUGCUUGGUUUUCGGUGGUUUUGGUAAUUUCGCUGGAGAUUUGUUUUUUGUUAUAAACAGCACGCAUGUUAUACUUUUUGCUGAUAUUCUUAAAAUAAAAAUUCGAGAAUUCAAUGACAUCACAGAAACUGAGGAAUUGGGUUCAAAAAAGUCUGAAGAAUUAUUGAAUGAUAUUAUAGAAUGGCAUCAACAUUAUUCGCAAUAUGCCAAGACUACCAACACAGUAUUCUAUUGGAUGACAUUUGUCGAAAUUGGUACAACAUCCUUGUCAAUUGUUUUGACUCUUUUUAUAAUGUUAACAGGAGAUUGGCCAGGAGCAUAUUCAUAUUUAUUUCUAGAGUUUAUCAUGUUGUACGUUUAUUGUGGAAUUGGGACAUUGGUUGAAUUAACAAAUGACAAGUUUUGUGAUGAAAUCUAUUCAAUUCAUUGGUAUAAACUGGCAGUUCCACAGCAAAAAUGCGUUUUACUUAUGUUAAUGAAAUCACAGGAUCCUGAAUUAAUUACUGUUGGAGGUGUAAUGCCUUUAUCAGUUAACACAGCUCUUCAGGUUACAAAGUCAGUGUAUAGCAUUAUGAUGAUGAUUUUAAAUUUCAUUGAAUAGAUUCGAUACUGUAAACUUACAUUAUUUAACUAGCUAUCUGUUUAAAUUAUAAAGUGC